AUGGAUACAACCUCUAGGGCCGCCAAGAUCCCGUCGCUCCACCAGACGGAGAUCAACUGGGACAACCUCGACAAGACCAAGCUCUACGUGGUGGGCGCAGGCAUGUUCAGCGGCGUCACCUUGGCGCUGUACCCUGUCUCGGUGGUCAAGACCCGGAUGCAGGUUGCCUCUGGGGAUGCCAUGAGCAGGAACGCGCUGGCUACCUUCAAGAACAUCCUCAAGGUGGACGGCGUGCCAGGGCUGUACCGGGGGUUUGCUACCGUUAUCAUUGGGGCUGUACCAACUAGGAUCAUCUUCCUCACGGCUCUUGAGACAACCAAAGCAGCCUCGCUCAAGCUUGUUGAGCCCUUCAAGCUGUCGGAGCCGGUGCGGGCCGCCUUUGCCAAUGGCCUUGCCGGUCUGUUGGCGUCUACAUGUUCACAGGCUAUUUUUGUUCCAAUUGAUGUGAUUAGCCAGAAAUUGAUGGUUCAAGGAUAUUCUGGUAAUGCCAGAUACAAAGGUGGAAUAGAUGUUGCUCGAAAGGUCAUAAAGGCUGAUGGUAUUAGGGGGCUGUACAGAGGAUUUGGACUGUCUGUUAUGACCUACGCACCAUCCAGUGCUGUGUGGUGGGCGAGUUAUGGUUCCAGCCAGCGCAUAAUUUGGAGUGCUCUUGGCCAUUUGCAUGACAAAGAAGAGGCUCCUAGCCAAUUGAAACUAGUUGGUAUUCAAGCAUCAGGGGGAGUUUUUGCUGGUGCCGUGACCUCUUUUGUUACGACUCCCAUAGAUACAAUCAAGACCAGGCUGCAGGUUAUGGAUAAUGAAAAUAAGCCAAAAGCCGGGGAAGUUGUUAAAAGGUUGAUUGCUGAAGAUGGAUGGAAAGGUUUGUACAGAGGGUUGGGUCCAAGAUUUUUCAGCUCAUCAGCUUGGGGUACCUCAAUGAUAGUAUGCUACGAGUACCUGAAGCGCUUGUGUGCUAAAGUUGAAGAGGUCUGA